AUGGCAAUCAAAAUCUUCCCUUACUUAUUUGCUCUCUUCGCACUGUUGUUUUUAGUGCAAGCUGCACCAAGUGAAAAUGAUGAACUGCCCGAUAUAUUGUAUAUUGAGGACCCCGGCACGUUUCCGGCGGUGCUGAGCGCGCAGGAGGCGCUGGCUCCGGUGCAGCACAAACGUACGUGCAACCCUGGGCAGUGCGCGAGCUUGUGUCAAUCGCUGGGCUUCAAGACGGGCCACUGCGAUGCUAACGGAGUGUGUGUUUUUAGCAAA